AUGGAGGAUGACGACAGGGAGGACGAGGCUAUCGCGGCCCUAGUUUCCCUAGAGCAAGGAGGUCCGCCGCCCGCCGGUACUCCCCCGCGUCGUAAGCCAACUGCUGCUGGUGCGCAUGAGUCUGCCGGGAAGAGGAGGCCAAGAGGGCGAUUAUAUGAAGCCGGAGAAUCCUACGCCGCAAUGAACAACGCGGGUAAGGGACUACCGGGUUCCAUGCCUAGUAUGCCAGGCUUCUCCUUGGGUGGCGAGCGGAGCAGUGCUUGUGGUGCCUCGGGUUCGCAAGAGAAAGGGGACGAAGGUGGGGGUGAUUCGGGGCAGCGUGAUGAAUCCGCCGCACCACCAGGCGGCGGAUCUUCAGUCAGGUCACGUGGUGAUCUGCCUGGGAGCGGAAGCGGGAGUCGGAGUGGUACACAUGCGAAGGCCGGGGGAGACAGUUCAGUCCAAACCGGCGAUAACACUGGCGAAGGAGGCGGGAAAGGGAAAGGGGAAGGAAAGCAACGUGGUGCUUCGACUGUGUCGGGCUCAGUUGCCACGCCGACCACACUUCCGACCGGCAAGCGCCAGCGGCAGGGGAAGGCCAAGAGGACAAGGGCGUCAGCCGAGGAUGAGGACGUCGACGAAGAGGACCCGGUGCUUGCGCUCGAAGGCGUACUCUCGAGAGCUAUCCGCCAGGUCCUUGUGCGGCACCGUCUGGAAUCCCCGCGUCACCUUCUUCGCCCGAUGCCGAGGUUUCUGGUGUUCCAGGGGCGGGUCAGACUCAUCGGCGCAGAAGUUGACGUACCCGUUCGUCUGAUAGGAGCGAGGGAAGGGGCGGAAUAUCAAAUAAAGGCGUGAAGGGGCGGUACACGAGAGGGAUUUCUAAAAAUCAAAUUGGCACAACAAAAGAGUGAGCUCGCCUGGCGCAAGAGUGCCGAACCAUCUUGAAGAUAGUUGGUGAUGCACACCGUCGAAGUUGCUUGGAAAAUAUACAGCCCCUGGUUACAUGUAGCCAUGAAGGCAUACAUGGCUCGUACGAGCUCCGUGUAGUGCGCAAGGUGUGAUUCAGAAUAUGGUUGGUGGUAAUUGUUUUUGGCGUCAAGCAUGACGCUAGAACUACUUUCUCGCGAUGUCGCAGCCUUCCUUUCGACUAAUGCAUGUGUUCAUAUGUCGACUCUGAUACAUGCUGGAUCUUAGCUCCAUCGCGUUGUACUACUCCCCCCCCCUCCCCCCCGGCCGUCCAAGCAAGCCUGCACGUCUGAACAUGCAACGAUAAACACAUGACCCUAACAAACAAUUUGAAGUGAAACAUGCGCCGUGGACAACGGUCCGCCAGCUACAGUCUGCGCUUCAUGCUAUUUUGCGCGUGAUGGCCAUUAUACUGGUGCUCCUGCCGCUGUUGGCAUGAAAACCAUGCCACCACUUGGAACACCACUCUCUCGAUUGUCUGGGGGAGGAGGUUAGGCUGAACUUGUCGCCGCCGGGGUGUUUGUGCCGUCUCUUGUACGGGUCGGAUGACUCGUCACGGGGUAGUCCCUCGAACAUCCACCCCUUCGGAUCGUCCGGGAUGGGAGGGGAGGGUGGUUCACCAGCCUGGAAAAGACCAGCAACACACACCAGGUGUUGUGACCAGCGUCAUGCGAGUUCGGUACACUUCCUAGAUCCAAACGCUCCGGCGGAGAUGGUUUCUGCUGCUGCUGCUGUUGCCGCUGCCGCUGUUGCGGCCCGAGCGAAGUCGUUCGGAGCGGCGUCGUAACCGGUGAUGCCGGUGCCUGUUGUUGUCGUCGUAGCUGCCGAGCUUCUCCCCGGGUAUUGUGAUCAGCAUUGUGCGAGUUCGCAGCAUAUAUCGAUUUCUACGAUGCGCUCAUAUCAAACUCAGUCAUCCUCAUCAUCACUCGGCACGCUUGGGUCGAUUGCAGAUCUGCUGUUAUUCAUGCCAAGCUCGCUGUCCUCAGUGGCCGCGUUCAUUGUAAGUGUGUAUGGCUGCCGGAGAGAGCCGGCCAAAGUCGAUGUACGAGCAGGAAUGGCAACUGCCGCUGCCGGCAGCGCUACCGCAAGCGCUACCAACAACGCCGCCCAGAUAGACAGGGCAGACCAUGCGGGGCGUGGAGGUCUCCUCGUGACUUCUCGUCGCACCUCUAGUGGAUGCUCCGUGUGUUCGCAGCUGUGUGUUGGUGGGGCGGGCGCGCUCUACCCUGGUGUGCUCUACAACUCCUUUGCAUGUGGUUCGGGGUUUCUGCUAUCCUCCCCUAUACGACU